AUGAAAAAGAUGGAUAAUCAUUAUAUAAAUCUACCGAAUCAAUAUAUGAACACAUCUACGCCUCUCAAACAUAAUGAUCAUACACUGUUAUCGGCAGCAUCCAGCACAUUAAACAACAAUAAUACUAAUUUGAUUAACUAUUAUAAUUUCAAUCAACUUAUAUAUCAGAAAUUUUUCUCUAAUCCACAAGAUCAAACAUUUUGGACACGAUAUAAAUUGCAGCAAAGUGAAAUUCAUUCAACAAAUUUUCAAUCGUCUCCAUAUUUAACGCAAUUUUCCACGUCACCAUCAUUUCCUUACGAACAAUCAUUUCAAUAUAAUCGUGAAUCAACAGCAAAAGACUUACUAGCUCCAUCUUCGUCUCUCUCUAUAUCUACUUCUCCAUUAUGUGUUCCUCAACAAAAAUUAACAACAAAUUUACUGCUACCUUCAUCGCCGACAAUUAGUUCUGUUGAUUGCAGUCCUAAUGUCUCGUCAUUAGCGUCAACGCCUUCAACAAGUCCAUCGAAAUAUCCAUUAGAUUUGUGCUGUAAAACAUCUAUUAAAUCUGAUAUUCAAGAUUUAUUAAAUGAGUCAUCUGAUAUAAUAAAGAAUGUCGAAAAAACGGUACCAAUGUCAGACAUGAUUGGUCAGUUAGAAGCAACAAUAUCAAACUGGAAUUAUGUGAAUAAAAUAAAUUGUAAUGGCAGUAAUAGCAAUAGACAAUUACCAAUGGAUUCAAUAAACAGAGAUCAUGAUUUAUCUAGAAUAUGUUCGAUAGAUGAACAGAUAAUAACUCAACAUCAAAUUUCUCAAAAAAUAAACUCAGGUUUAAUCAGAGACUCAGAUAAUACUCAACAAAAUCAAUAUAAAAGCAAGAAUAGAAAAGAAUCUCAAUCCCAAAAAGUAACGUCUCCUAUUCUUCACCGAUUAUUAAGUGCAACGUCGCUUAGUGCAUCGUUGUUGAAUGAUAUUCGGCCAACACCAAAUAUUAAUCAUCGUCAUCGACUUUCACUUUCACAACUACCAUCACCAGAAAAGCCAAAAACAUUUUCAACAACACAGCCAAGAACUGUUAUAAAUCAUAUAAUUACAAGACGCGCAAGACGAUCGCCUACAUUCACUCGUAAACGUCAGUAUUUUGAGCAAUCACAUACUUCUGUAUGUAACACAAAUAUGGCUUUAUUAUCUAUACAAAAUACAAACAGUUCAAAACGUGUAUUAGAUAAUGACAACGGACAUAUCUAUAAAAAACGAUGUUACGAGCCAGCUCCUCAAUCAAAAUUUUGCACAUCGUAUCCAUCGAAUAUCACAAGAUGCAUCGAUUGUCAAAAAGUUCAGCAAAUUCGGUUACAGAAAGUAUCUAAACAACAACAAUUAAUUACUGGCUGCCGCUUUCAAUAUUGUCGAACACUACUUCGUGACAAUGAACAAUAUUCUAUUAAUGGUUUUACAACAGCGGAAGAUGCCAAAGAUAAAGAUCUUGAAUCAAUCGUAAAAGCUAAUUCAUGCAAUGAAGAAAAAUUGACAUUGACCGAAUCAGAACAUAUUCUGAAUCAAAUUGGAAAAGUGUUAUGUAAAUUAGUCUUACAUGAACAACAUCUAAUGAAAAACAAUGAUAAGCGAAUAUGGAAACGGUGCAUUGACGGAUAUCGAGAAACGUGUGAUGAAUGUUCAACAACUCUAUUCAAUUAUCAUUACACGUGUACGGAUUGUGGUUACGUACGAUGUAUUGAAUGUUCUGAUGCAGUAACGAAUAAUAUUGAAAAAAGAAAAAAACCACAGAAAAUCUGUAUACAUCCGCACAGUUCAUUUUGUUUAUCAGAAUUUAUUCCGUGGAAUAGACUGGAAGCAUUGAAAAUGAAAUGCAUAGAAUAUUUAAGAUCGAGAUCGAUAAAUUAUGAAGAUACUCUCGAUAUAUCAGACUUACCAUCAACAGCCAAUAAUAUAACGUCAACAUUUAUUCGUAAUUUAUAUACGACAAGAAGAAAUGAAGCACAGAAUGUUCAAAAAGUGUGGGAAAAAUGUGAUUGUGAUGAUAAUCCCAAUGUGGAGUUUUAUUGUAACAAUCGUUUACCGGUCUUCAAUGAGUGGACAACUGAAAAGUCAAAAAAGUUUUUUAAAAAAGUAUGGAUGGCUGGAGCACCUGUUCUAGUGAAAAAUGUUCAUAAAGGUUUAACACAAAGUCUAUGGCAACCGCAAUCAUUUAAAGAGUAUAUGUUAUCUCAUACUGAAACACCAGCACUUUAUGAUUGUGAAACAUUACAACCGAUUAAAUCAAAUGAAGAAAAAUUAACAAAAUUUUGGGAUGGAUUUGAAAAAUUAAAUGUACGACUUAUAAAUGAUGAAAAUGGUGGAAAACGUCGUAUAUUAAAAUUAAAAGAUUGGCCUACUAAAAAGGAUUUUGCAACUGUUUUUCCAUCACUUCUAGAUGAUUUAAUGAAAAAUAUUCCAUUUGGGGAUUAUACUCGUCGUUCAUAUUCGUAUAAUGGAGAAGCAAUACAUGGUGGACAAUUAAAUAUUGUUGAACGUCUUCCAAGUGUUUUGGUGCGACCAGAUUUAGGACCAAAACUUUAUAUUGCCUACAGUCAAGUAAAUGGAACGAGACAAGCGGGAACCACAAAUCUUCAUAUUGAUACGUCAGAUGCUGUUAAUGUAUUGGUUUACGUCGGUAUUGGAGGCGAAGGAGAAAAUGGUGAAAAUAAAGAGGACGAAAUUAAAGAUGUGCGAGCUGUUAUUGAAUCAUCGGAUGUUUGUCGUACACAGUUAGAUCGAAUGUAUAAUGGUGAACUUGCCGGAGCAUUAUGGCAUUUAUUUCGAGCCGACGACGUUCCAACAAUUCGUCAAUAUAUACUUGGAAAUAAAAAGAAAACGUAUGGUACCGAUCCAAUACAUGAUCAACAAACAUAUUUAGAGAAAAAACAUCUCGAAGAAUUAGAGAAAUAUGGUGUCUAUUCAUAUCCAAUCGUUCAAUAUUUGGGUGAUGCUGUGUUUAUUCCAUCUGGUGCACCACAUCAGGUAAAGAACUUGCAUUCAUGUAUCAAAAUUGCCGAAGAUUUCGUAUCACCAGAGAAUAUUGAUCGUUGUUUAAUUACUACAAAUGAGUUUCGCUCAUUAUCCAAAAAACAUACAAAUCAUGCUGAUAUUCUCCAGGCAAAAAAUAUUUUGUAUUAUACUGUACGUGAUGCAUUAGAUUCAUUAAAGCAAUGA